AUGUGCGAUCACGGUGCAGGCGGUUGUCAUCAUGAAGCGAGUGAAAUGUUGCCCGAAAUUGGUGAAGGUCAACGAUAUGAUAUGCAUCAAUAUAUCGAUAUGGACAAGGUCACUGUCUUGAACGAGAGCGUUGACGGCCAGGGAAAACUGGUUUUUAAGCCGAUGGACAGAAGAUUGGACAGGACUGACUUCGUGAUGAGUGAUUGCGAUGAAGAGCUGUUGUUCAACAUACCAUUCACGGGUCAAGUACGUGUCAGCGGUCUGUCAGUGAUUGGUGACGACGAUGGGAGCCAUCCGGCGAGAAUUCGAAUUUUCAAAGAUCGACCCGCGGUAUGUGAGGAUUUCUGCUAUUUGAAAGCACUUACGUAA